AUGGCUCUUCGAGCUCUCGAGGCUUCUACCGGAGCUCUGAACAUCGCCGCGUCGCUUUGUGGCAUACCCUUCGUCGGAGCCAUCGCCAUCGCCGUGGAAGAGAUCGUCAAGACCUGUGGCGAGGUCAAAACCCACAAGGUUGAGCUGUUUGGCCGUGACUGGAGAAGCUUUCCUCUUACUCUUGUCCUGCAGCAAAAGUCGAAGCAAUUGUCCAACAGAUGCAUACAGAUUCUGAACACCCUCAAUGAGCAAACCUCCAAGAUGGAAGGAUCAAAACUGCAACAAAUUGCAGACCAGCUCUUGCCGAUUCUCGAAAAAGUCCUAGAUAAAACACGUAAAUGGUCGAAAUACAACUCGGUCGUGACAUUUUUGAAGAAUAGCGAGAUCAGGGAUGGACUAGACCUCUGCGACAUAGAAUUGAAUUCCGCCAUGACUCUUUUCCAUAUCAACUCCAACAUCAUAAUGCAUUCGGCUCAAUGCGACAUGAUGCAUACCAUGAGGAGCAACACUGCCGAACUCAGCGAUCUUUUACUGCGCAUAUUAACCGUUCAAUCAGAAACUCGAACUAUUAUAGAAAUGCAGAACUCUGGCCAACCAGUCGCAGAGCAAUUCAUGCGCGCGGGACAACAAGAGCUGUCCCUUCUUCGUCAGGCAGACGGAACUCGCGGUGUCAUGUACACGCCACGAACAGCCUCCCCAACGCCACAUGCCACUGAUAGCCAAAGAUACCUGCAAUACCAGCGAGGCCUGAUAACUCUCCACCGCGAAACCGGGAUACCUCCGACAAUCAAAGUCCUCAACGGCGAAGUGACGAAAUAUGGAGAUCUGGCAAUUGCUGGUGGUGUGUACAGCGACAUAUGGGCUGGCAAGUGGCUCGGAGAGGAGAAGGUUGCACUCAAGGCCUUGAGGAACAUCAGAGUGUCCGAUCCGAAGGCUAAGAAGCGUUUCGAAAACGAGAUCAACCUCUGGGCCAAUCUGAAGCAUAGCAAUAUUCUGCCAUUUUAUGGGAUCGUCACCGAUCUGGGUCAGCAUAUUCAUAUGGUAUCACCGUGGCAAGAGAAUGGGAACGUCCUCGAGUUUGUGAAGACACAUCGUGAUGCGAACCGUAUAUCCUUUAUGGCUGGGGCGGCCCAGGGAUUAGAAUAUCUUCAUCUACGCAACAUCAUCCAUGGAAAUAUGAAGUGUGCGAAUAUACUCGUAUCAGCGAAGGGCGAAGCCCGCAUCUGCGAUUUUGGAAUGUCCAAGGUCAUUGAAGAAGUUACGGAGAAGAGCGCGUCUGCGGCCCUGACGGAGGGUGGUAGCGCACGGUGGCUAGCUCCCGAAUUGAUAGAGGGGAAAUCACCAUCCAAGGCUGCUGACACAUAUUCCUUUGCAAUGGCUCUUCUGGAACUGUUGACAGGAAAGUAUCCUUUCGCAGAUUGCAAGAGGGAUGCAACAGUCAUCCGUAAGAUUGUAGUCCUGAAGCAAAUGCCAGCCCGGCCUAAGGACAGAGAAGUCUGGGAGGUUGCAUCAUUCAUGAAGAAUUUCAGUUUACCAGCUUGA